AUGAAAGGAAGUAAUUCCUUUGGAAAAACAUUGAAAUUACGAACAAACAUGAGCUUUAAAGAGGAACCUCAAAUUGAUGAUAGCAACGCGACUUCAGGAGUCCAAAACGAAAAAAUAUUUGAACUGGUAAUUAGCCAAAGGAAUAUCAUUAAUGAUUUGCGUAGAGAUUUGAAGCAAGCCGUUUCUGAGAAUGGCUUUCUGCGAUCAAAAAUAAGUAAACUGGAAAAUGUGGAAACCUCGAUUUCUCAGACCCAUAGUGAUGCUGAAAGUCCUUCUUUAAAUACUGAAAGUUUGAUUGCAAAGAUAGUGUCAAAGGAUCAAAGGAAUAAUUUAUCACCAAGUUUCCUGGCAGGUACUGGCAAAAACGAUCGAUCAUCGUUUUCUUCCCUUAUUCCUGGAAGUUCGCCUUUAGAAGAUCGAAGUCAUAAUUCUUACAAUGAUAGACCCCAACUUUUAUUGAAUACAAAACGUCUUCCUUUAAAUGCAACUCCUGGUCCAUACGAGCCACAUUCUUCGCUUUCUUCACCUGUGUCGUACGAAAAAUAUGCAGCUUUGCGAAAUGAGGCAGCAAAGACUCGAUGGUUUAUGAAAGAGGAUCUGGAAUCUGCUGAAAGUCUUUCUCCUACUUCAACAAACAAUCUUGCCGAUGAAAAUAAUUUGGCUCCUAAAGAUUCUGUAAGAGGCAAGAGAGAGGGGUUUGAUUUUACAUUAGAGGACUUGUCUACGAAAAAGACUGCUGCUUUGGAUACUUAUGAUAAUACAAGGUCUAAACCCGGUAGUAAAAACUCGCGUUCUAGCUUCUUGUCUCCUACUCCUUCCUUAGCUUAUCCAGAGCCCGUAUCUAAAUUCAAGAGUCAUUCAGUUGUUGGUUCACCUGAAACAAUUGCUUCUGAACCCUUAUCUACGUUAAAGGUUCCGGAUAGUGAUAUUUGCUUGACCCGACGUCUUUCUGAUUCUAAUCGGACAUGGACUAUCAUUGAACCUCAUUCACCCACGGAACAAGUAGAACAACAAAUUCCUGUGGUUCAACCGAAAGAACCUAGGAAAUCUAAUGCGAAGUCUUUUCUGUCUUCUAUCUCUUCUUUGACGUCGUUUGCUCGUCCGAAACCAGAAUAUCGCACUAAAAGUGAUUCCGUAGCUGAUGAUCCGCAGUCGAUAUCUACAACUAAUUCUGAGACUUUGUACAACAACAAACUCAGCUUCAGGUUGGAUGAGUCAUUGGUGCGGUACUUGAAGUUUGAUUUAAUGAAAACGACUCUAUCUUCUUCAUCCACGGUAUUUGAUAAUAUUAUUUUACAUUUUGUGGUGGGUGUUACCGCUGUACCACCGCUUGCUUCACAGUGGAAGGAUGAAGUGUGGAGCUAUUCCAGAAGCAUUGGUCAAUGUCGAGCGUUUGAUGCUUCAUUUGUUUUAGAUGUUGGUGCUCCACCAUUUCCGACGCUCGAUUGGUUUACAAAUGAUUCAUCUUAUAUACAAAAUGAGUUACUUCGACGAUCUGUUGAUACAUAUUUCCGUUACAUUUUUCAAGCUGAUCUUACCCUGGAGCAGAAAGUUAAGUUGAUUCAAUUCUUAAGUAAAGAUACUUUACGAGAAUAUCUCAAUGAUGUUUUCUUUCUUCCUCCAGAGCAUGCUCAAAAAGAAGGAGUUUUACUUAGGUAUAUUAAGAAUAGCGGACUUGUAUCCCGCUAUUUUUACUUGAAAGACAGGGUUUUGUAUUAUGCGGAAAACCGUAAUGCACCGGUUUUGGGAACAAUACAAUUACAAGAGGCACUCGUCCACAGAUAUAGUGCAAAUCUUCCUAUUUUUGCUAUUAUUGAUCCUCCGCAUCAAUUUUUAACUGGCGAAAAUUAUCAGUCUGCGUUUGUUAUACAGGAAAAGCAAACUGAACAGAAAAAUAGGACAGAUACUAUUCAUGUCCUAUUGGCGAAAGACAUAGAAGAUCAGCAAAGUUGGUUACGUGCAAUCGUCAGUCUUAUCCCUUCUAUCUCUACUUCGUCUACUCCGGCUGAUGUUCAAAUUCAGGCUUCGGAUUUUCCUGGAUCUCGUCGAAAUCCAUACGAUAAGCAAGAGGAAAAGGUUAGCCAAACGGAUUUUUCACAUAGCGUUAGCGGCUGGAGUUUGGAAGAGGAUGCUCAAUCGCAAACCGAUAUUGCAGAUAACGACGGCUUUGGAAGAUUGGGGGAUGUAGGAAGUAUUAGUGAUGGAGCAAGCUUGAAUCUUGACACUCCCCCCAUCGGAAGUAGUGAUACUGAAUUAUCAUUUGCAAGUACCUCGGGAAACAGCGUUUUGGAGACUGAUGCUAGAAUGACAAAACUUGCACCAAAUUCUGUUAGCGAAGAACAGAUAUCAAGAAAGGAUAAUAAUGCAUCUAUAGAAGAGGAUUUCCUCAAUCAUUUCAAACGAGUUAAUGUUUCUGGGAAUAAGAUGCCACAAGCACAAAAUCAGCCUUCAAACAUAAAAAGUCUGGAGGGGAUACAUAACGAGUCCAGUUCCUUCGAUGACAACACCGACCCAGAACCUACAUCGUUAGCAACAUCAAAGGAACAUCCCAUAACAAAGCAUACCGAGGUCUUUGGAAUACCGCUAGUGGACGCGGUAGAGCUAGGCUCGCAGUUUAAUGAAAGUGGUCUUCCUAUUGUAAUCUACCGGUGCUUGGAAUACUUGGAAGCUGUGCGUGCAGAAAAAGAAGAAGGUAUAUAUCGGUUGAGUGGUUCUUCCUCCGCAAUAAAAGGUUUAAAAGAACAAUUUGACAAAGGCGUUGACUAUGACUUGGUAAAUUCAAAAGAAGUGUUUGAUGUUCAUGCUGUAGCUGCUUUGCUGAAACUAUACCUUCGUGAAUUACCAACCAAUUUACUGGAUAGUUCGUUACAAAGAAUCAUUGAGUUAAUGCCGGGGAUUCCCCAUAUGAAGAGCUCGAUGGAUGAACUUUGUCGUAUACUUGGGGAGUUACCCGUUGAAAACUUUGUCCUUCUAGACUCUCUUUUGCACCAUCUCCGCAGAAUUAUUACCUUUGAGAAGUAUAACAAAAUGAACGUGAGAAACGUCGGAAUCGUUUUUUCUCCAACUCUGAACAUUCCUUCUGAUGUUUUUAAUAUGUUCAUAGAAAACUAUGAGCUAAUUUUCACUGACUAUAUUCGUCAAACAAAUGCGAAUUUAGUUGAUUAA